AUGGGAGCUGCCUUUAGGAGGUUCUGCUGCUGCUGCUGUAGUGCCGGCGAUGAAGAUGAUGAUGAUGAGAAGCAGCCAUUAGUACCUCAGGACCCACUGGAGUAUUUUAACCGUGAGGUCCAGAAGCGUCGUGAUGAGGAGACCAACCUGUGGAGUGAGCCAGGAGACCCCAGCCACUCGGAGAGGGACGACGACCGGGUCCUCUACAGCCUGCUGCAGGCCAGGACCAAGACCCGCAUGGGAUCCACGGGCUAUCGUCGUCUGAGCUGCGACAUCGAGGCCAUGAGAGACACCCGGCGAGAGGUCAGAGACAAGUGGAGGACAAUUCUGGAGAAUCUAGGUUUCACGGCGGAGGCAGACUCGCUGCUGACGGUGUCCGCCGGCGCGUCGAGUGACCGCAUGCGCAAUGCUCCGGCAGCACGGGCCCUCCUCCACUCGCUCCACACCGAGACGGCCCUCUUCGACACCAAAGGCCCGCCCCCAGAGAGAUAUCUCUUCAUCCUGGACCGUUUCCUGUAUCUAGAUAUAGGCGAAGAAUUCCUGGCAAAGGCAAAGCGCUUCUAUCCGCCCAGGGAUAGCUCGGACGAGGACGUGAAUGGCCUUGGCAUAAACCUGCCGCUGCUGCUGGCCAGGGUGGAGGCCAUGAACGGGGCGGCCGGCAGCGACAGCGAUAGAGAUGGAAGUGACAGAUCCUAA